CGUGCGUGCUAAAGAUCUCAUUCAUUCCAGCUUCUGCGCCCUCGAGCUCAAGCCGCGCGCAUCUUUAUUCUCUUGGUUCUUGUGCAUAUUUGUCAUGGACGGACUCAGCCGCGCAUUUCACUUCAUCGUCGAUCCCUUCCAGAGUGAGAAGAAGCCCGAGAAGGAGGCCACGGCCCCCUUUGACCAGCCUUACCUUGAGCCAACGCGAUGGUUCCUAACUGAGGAAGAGAUGCGCACAUCGCGCGACGGGUACCAGCGUGAGGGCAUCCAUCUCUACACUAAGGGUAACCGCGUUAAGCUCUACGUGGCCUCUGCUCCUUACUUCAGCGACGUGGCCGACGACAUGCUGGAGGUGCGUCGUGGAGACCUGGUCUACCUCACCGGCUGGGGCACGUGCAACGUUCCUUUCAAGCCCCACGAGCCCGGCACGAAGUUCUCUGAGCUGGCCGAGCACGCCGUUAAGCGCGGCGCCGACUGGCGUAUGCUCGUGUGGUCCAAUAUCACGGAACGUGCGCAGAACCACGAGCUGCGCGAUCUCAUCAAUGCGCUGCCGCCUCCAGAGCAGUACGGCCCCGCCCGCUUCGUGUACGACGACCGUCUGCCGCACGCCACGUCGUCGCACCACCAGAAGUCGGUGAUCGUACGCAAGGGCCGCGAUCUCGUCGCCUACGUGGGCGGUGUGGACCUCACCAACGACCGCUGGGACACAAUUGAGCACGACCAGGCCGAGCUGCGGGAACGCACAGGCAUCAAGUGUCUGUGGGACGGCUGGCUGGAUGCCCACGCCCGCAUUGAAGGCCCUGCCACUAAGGACGUGGCUCAGAACUUCUUCGACCGCUGGAACUCGGACAAGAAGCCGUCGCAGGACCUCAUGGACGACCUGCUGGACUUCGAGAACCCGGACUUCUCCAAGCUCCCGCCCAUUGACGAGGGUGAGAUUCCGCUCGACAUCCCGCAGGAUGGCACCCACGCCGUCCAGCUGUGCCGUACCUUCAGCCCGGACUACGAUCACUACGACUUCGCGCCGCAGGGAGAACAGUCCAUCUUCCACGCUCGCAUUAAGGCCAUCCGCAACGCGCAGAACUACAUCUUCAUCCAGGACCAGUACUUCAUCCUGGUGCCGGAGCUUCUGGACGCUAUCAUGGAGAUGAUGCCCAGCAUCGAACGCUUCAUUGUCAUCGUGCAGCGCACUGUUGAGGCUGGUUACACGGGUUACGCCAAGUACCUCUAUGACAUGGUCGCUCCGAUCCAGAAGGCGUACCCGGACAAGUUCAAGCUCUACACGACCAAGGAGUCGAAGCAGCUCUACAUCCACAGCAAGCUGGUGAUUGUCGACGACGUGUACGUGUCGCUGGGCUCGGCCAACUGGAAUCGCCGCAGUAUGACGAGCGACACGGAGAUCGGCAUCAACAUCGUGGACACGGAGCUGGUGCAGUCACCUGACAACAUCACGGUGAACAAGCUGGCGCGUAACUUCCGUAUCCAAAAGUUCAUGGAGGCGACGAAGCUCACGUACGACAAGCUGGACGCGAUGACUUUCUUGGAGGCGUGCGACGCGCUGGAAGCUGCGGCUCAUGAUGAUGGCAUCAGCAUCAUCGAGCCUUACUCCGUGGAGGACCAGGCGCACUUCGAUUUUGUGCCGGACGCUCUGCGCCAGAUUGUGGAUCCGGACGUUGAGGAAAACUAAGCGUCUCCAGACUGUGUGGUGGUUGCAUUUUUUUCUGUAUAAGUUUCCGCUUUGCGAGGUUGUUUUCUUGCUCUUGUGUGAGAUGAUAGCUAUAUUGCGUCCAUCAAGACCGUGAAGAGCGAUGCAAUAAUAAAAAACAAUAAAAAAAAAAAGAUUUGGGAAUGCAUGUUGAAGAU